AUGACCGAUCGAGGACGACGUCGCCGCAGUCGAGAGUUGCGAAUGGCGCGUCAAGAUGGCGGCCUGUCUCCGGCAUCGAGACUCAGGAUAGCGGCCGACAUCCACCGUCAUUCUACUAGCGAUGAUGAUUCUGGUUGUGUUUUUGAAGAGUACGCAUGGGUACCCAACGGUCUUAAGCCGAAUAUGAUUCAUAUGUACUUUGCGACACUGCCAGAGGAAAAAGUACCAUACGUGAACAGCGUUGGAGAGAAGUGGCGUCUACGGCAGUUACGCUACCAGCUUCCACCACAAGACUCAGAUCCACGAUAUUGCGCUAGACUCACUUCCGAAGAGGAGGAUGAGCUGAGGUCGCUAUUCGAGCGUCGUCGAAAGGCCGAAUGUCUUGGUAGAGGAACAAUUGACUGGAUACCUUACGAUGAUAGGAAUCGCAAGUGUGGAACGCCGUUCGACGAAGCUGAAAUAUGUGUGUUCGCCUCUCGCACCGGAUCGUCCUACCAUCCGAGCUGCUUUCAGUGUUUUGAAUGUAGAACUCUUCUCGUCGAUCUCAUCUACUUCUCCCACAACGGAAAUAUAUUCUGUGGUCGACACCAUGCCGAACAGAUCAAGCCCAGAUGUGCACGGUGCGACGAGCUCAUAUUCGGUGAAGAAUGUACGGAAGCCGAGGGACGAACAUGGCACCAUCACCACUUUCUAUGCACAGAUUGCUCCAAGGAGUUGGGAGGUCAAAAAUAUAUGCAAAGAAACAACAAGCCCGUUUGUCUGGAAUGUUUCCACUCCGACGGCUCUUCGUCAUUGUCAUGCGCUACUUGUAACGGCACGAUACCUCACGAUCAUCCUCAUAUUUCGCAGGGAGACAUAAGUUGGCAUGCCGACCAACGAUGUUUUUGCUGUUCGGUCUGUGCGAAGAAUCUGCUCGGCAAAAAGUACACGUUGGUGGAUAAGAGCCUCUACUGCGGAUAUAAAACUUGCGGUGGAGAAGAGGAACUAUUCAUUGAUGACCGUAUUCCUACUUGCUCGGAAAACAGAAUGAUAGAAGCAUCAACGGGGUUCGAUCCAAUGAACAGCACUGUUUUGAAACAACUGGAAGGUUCAAUAAUGGUGGAACCUGAUUCCAGGUUGCCUUCAACUUCGAAUGCUCCUCGUCCACCUCAGCGAGCACCUCCGCCGCCUCCAGGCGAGAACGUGUACGAAACCGUCUUGCCAUCAACAGCCCAACAUACCGAAUACCAUCUCAAAGAAGAAACCGAGCUACGGAAUCAUUACAGUCGUACACCCAGCAAAACACGACGAAGGGAAGAACAUGGAUACUGGUAUUACUUUAGUUCAGAAUUGACUAAACUCUAUAAGAAAACAACGGCUACGUCCUACUAA